CGUUUGCUUCCGGUGAAAGCCAAAGUUGAAUACACAGUUUAGAGACAUAGUCUAGAAGACAACACGAGACAAUGACAUACGACCUGAAAUCGUACGGCCGAGGGGUAGCAUAUAUAUUUGUGAAUGAAAGUUAUGGGGAAUCGGGUGAUUUUGAAGAUAGAACUGGUGCACACAGAGAAUAUAAAUAUCUCAAACGGAUGUUCCGAGAUCUUACAUUCAAGAUUCGACAUUACAAGGAUGCUAGCAAUGAGAAGAUGAUAGAAGAGCUUCGAAAAGCUUGUAGUGACCCAAAGAUGAAGGAGAGGUCUUGUUUAGUGUGCGUGAUAUGCUCUCAUGGAAUAGAGAAAACGUAUGAAGCGGUACACGCAUUAGAUGGGGCCUCCAAUGACAUCACACAACAUUACAUCGUGGACGGCCGAGGAAAUGAGAUAAACACAGACAAUAUUAUGUCGAUAGUCCGUGACUGUAAAGCGUUAAAGAAUAAACCAAAACUCUUCUUGAUGCAGGUUUGCAGAGAAAACAUGAAAGCUAAAGAAAGAGAGAAGUACGACUUUGGUGUAACAGUUAAUGCCAAACAGGAGAUGAGUGCGUACAACAGUAUGUCAACAGAUGGUAGCAGUAAAGUGGGUGUCACUAGUAAAGGACAAGAAGAUUAUGUUAGUGGUUCGGAUAGUGAUACGGAUACGGACGACGGCCUUUCCGACCAGGAGGAAUUCGAUCGCACUGACUACUUCCGUAAAAGGCGACAGAAGAUCAAGCAGCAGCAGCAGCGUCAAAAGGAGGAUGAGGAGAUGCGACAAGAAAUCAGCAAGAAAGAUAACAAUGACAAAAGCGAGAAAACCGAGAGACCGAUAACAGAAACAGAUUCAAAAGCUAAACGUCCUAGUCAACGCAAAAUCGACACCACUGUCAAAACACUUGGUGUUAGGGAAGAGAAACCAGUUACUGUUAUGUCCAUUCCUUGCUAUGACGAUAUGCUGGUCAUGUUUGCAUCUAAUCCAGGGAAAUACGGCUUACGUUGCUCGCAUACUGGUGGAGUUCUCGUCAGCAGUUUAUGUCAUGUGAUCAAUGGCUACCUUAAGAACAUGGCCAUGGGUGUUUGGAGAAGAUUGACUUCCUGUCCAUCCUGACCGAGGUGGUGAAUCGGCAAACCCAACACCGAACAAGCAUGGAAAUAACACGAGGCUCCCCGAGAGAAGUCACAACAGUGCCGGUCAUAUAUCACAAGUUCACCAAGGACAUGUACAUUCCAAUAAUGGAACCGAGUACAUGGAUCCAUAAAUUAAAGUCAUUUAUGAAGCAUAUUUAAUACAGACUUUAUAAAUUAGAAUGUACAGCCUUUAGAUACUAUACCGUUAUGGUUCAAUUGGUGCUGACAAUAUAUAGAAUUCAUCUCUACUCAUACGGUUAUGCGAACAGAACUUAAAGUAUAUACCAUUUUCAUCGAUUUUGUGACUGAAUAUCUGAUAGAGACUUGAAAAACGUGAACUAGAAUUUCGUAAUUGAAUACAUGUAAAUUGUUUGUGUCGUACAUGUCUGAACUAAAUAAACACAGAUAUCACUUGUUUGUGUCGUACAUAUUGUGACAGCGGUGAUAUUGAGGACGAGUAUCAUUUUAUCAAAUGUAAUCAUUUUAGAGAUAUUAGAAAGCAUUUUAUCAAACGAUAUUACCAUAAAAAACCUAGUAUGGCCAAAUUUAUACAACUUUUAACGACGGAAAAUAAUAAAGAUUUAUGUAAUUUAGGCAAAUAUAUUUCUAUCGGUUCAAAAAGACAGUUAAAUGCUGUUUAAUUGUUUAAUGUAAUAGAACGCUCUCUACACUAGCGAAGUGAUCGUGUAUGUGUGGUUUCUGUGUGCUUGUGAGUAACAAUGUACUUUGUAUUUGUAUUGUAUGUUAUUUGUAAUGUCUGCACUGUAUAUAUUGUGCUACUGAUAAACCGUAAGGUUUAAAGUAAUAAAUGAAUUGAACACAGA